AUGGAGAUGUGGCCUGUAUCUACUAACCCCACAGUUGCACCACCAGAAAUAAAAAGCAUGCCUGGCAGGCCAGGUAAACUUAGAAAGAAGGAAGCUGGUGAGAGUAAAAAAUCUGGAAAGCUACCUAGAACUGGACUUGCCAUGACAUGUAGUAACUGUAAUGUUAGAGGCCACAACAAGAGAGGAUGUCCACAAAGGGUUGAGUCAUCAACAAGGGAAGAACCAUCAAAUAUAGACAAGGGAAAUGGCAAAACUUCAGGUUUAGGCAGACCAAAGAAAACACAAACAGAAGGUGAGCAUUCUACAAAGAGGUCAAGAGGAAGACCACCUGCAGCACCUAGUGCAUCUCCAGGACCUGCAAAGAGGUCAAGAGGAAGACCACCUGCAGCACCUAGUGCAUCUCCAGGACCUGCAAAGAGGUCAAGAGGAAGACCACUGGCAGUACCUAGUGCAUCUGCAGCACUUACAAAAGGUGCAAGAGGAAGACCACCUAAUGCAUCUGCAACACCUGCAAAGAGUGCAAGAGGAAGACCACCUGCAGCAGCUAGUGCACCUCCUACAUGUCCAUCACCUGCUAAUUACCAUGAAGAGGAAGGGGUAGGGGAAGCACAACCUCAUACAAAAGGCAAACAGUCAUUGGAAUGGCCUGGGAUGUCAAGUUGUAAGAUCUUCUCUACUGGUACAACAAAGGUGACAAAAUCUGCUGAUGUUACUGGUGAUAUUGGUUACAAACCAAGUACUGCACCCAAGUUGAAAUGGAAUGGAAAAGCAGCAAUCUCAACAAGCAAACUUCAAGAAAUGAGAGAGGAACAAAGAAAAAAAUCAAAAGGAAGUAGUUCAUGA